AUGUGUGACCCGGUCUGGGUUGGGGUGGCUGCUCGCCUGUUGGGUGUUUCAGUCCGGGGUGGUUGCUUCGUCGUUGGGCGUCUGGACUGCAGAGCAGCCAGUGUUUCAGGUGAUGGCGGGGAAAUGGGCGCGAGUAAUAGUCCGUUCUUGGGGCAACGCGAGAUGCUCUGCUUCCAGGAACGAACUGAUGUGACUGGGCAGACUGCUGUGACUGGGCAGACUGCUGUGACUGGGCAGACUGCUGUGACUGGGCAGACUGCUGUGACUGGGCAGACUGCUGUGACUGGGAAGACUGCUGUGACUGUGCAGACUGCUGUGACUGGGCAGACUGCUGUGACUGGGCAGACUGCUGUGACUGUGCAGACUGCUGUGACUGGGCAGACUGCUGUGACUGGGCAGACUGCUGUGACUGGGCAGACUGCUGUGACUGGGAAGACUGCUGUGACUGUGCAGACUGCUGUGACUGGGCAGACUGCUGUGACUGGGCAGACUGCUGUGACUGGGCAGACUGCUGUGACUGGGCAGACUGCUGUGACUGGGAAGACUGCUGUGACUGUGCAGACUGCUGUGACUGGGCAGACUGCUGUGACUGGGCAGACUGCUGUGACUGUGCAGACUGCUGUGACUGGGCAGACUGCUGUGACUGGGCAGACUGCUGUGACUGGGCAGACUGCUGUGACUGGGAAGACUGCUGUGACUGUGCAGACUGCUGUGACUGGGCAGACUGCUGUGACUGGGCAGACUGCUGUGACUGGGCAGACUGCUGUGACUUGGCAGACUGCUGUGACUGGGAAGACUGCUGUGACUGUGCAGACUGCUGUGACUGUGCAGACUGCUGUGACUGGGCAGACUGCUGUGACUGGGCAGACUGCUGUGACUGGGCAGACUGCUGUGACUGGGCAGACUGCUGUGACUGGGCAGACUGCUGUGACUGGGCAGGCUGCUGUGACUGGGCAGACUGCUGUGACUGGGCAGACUGCUGUGACUGGGCAGACUGCUGUGACUGGGCAGACUGCUGUGACUGGGCAGACUGCUGUGACUGGGCAGACUGCUGUGACUGGGCAGACUGCUGUGACUGGGCAGACUGCUGUGACUGGGCAGACUGCUGUGACUGGGCAGACUGCUGUGACUGGGCCAGACCAGGCACGGCUCGCGGAAUCGGAGCAGAUUGCGGAGUGCAAUCACGUUCUCGGCUAUGUGGAGAAAGACGCUCAGGUUCCCGGCGUGCGCCUGGAGGAUAGAGGGUUGACUUUUAAGUCGACUCAGGAGUGCAAUUACGUUCUCGGCCGUGUGGAAAAAGACUCUCAGGUUCCCGGCGUGCGCCUGGAGGAUGGAGGGGGCAGAGGGCCCAUCCUCCUGGCCCGGCUGUGGUGGCAGCGACCGCCGCGGCAACGGCAACUCUUGAAGCGCUGCCGGUGGUGCCAACGGUGGAGCAGGCAUCCCCCUCCUUUUGAGUCGAAUCAAAAGCAGACAGCCGUGGCAACGGCAGCUCCUGAGGCGCUGCCGGGUGUGGUUCUGCCGAUGGUGCGGCCGGAAAUGCCAGUGGUGCCAACGGUGGAGCAGGCAGCCGCCUCCUCCUCAUGA